AUGGCUCACUAUUCCAAAGAAGAGCUAGAUGAAGAAUUUGAACAGUUUAUGAAAGAGCUUUCAGAUGAUUCAUUUGAAAAUUCAAGCAAAGCACUCAAGCCAACGAAAAAGGAAGAAAAGAAGAAAGAUUCAGCACCGUGGUGGAUGAGUGAAGAAGAAUUGGAAGAUGGUGGAUUGCUCAAAACAAAUGUAAGCUAUUUGAAAAUGAAGAAGACUUCCCAGCCUGUGAUGGAAAUGGAAGAGGAUUCUGAUGAAAAGUUGCAAUUUCUUAAGAGCAGUGGAACAUCUAUCUUGAGUAUUGACAGCUUAGAAACUAAUGAGCGGGUCAUUUCUGAGCUCAGCCAUAGUGUUCUUGGAUUGGGAUUGGACACUUUAGAAGAACAAGAAGAGAAAGAACAAUUUUUUGCCAGGCUUGAAAAAGGAUUAACAUCUUCUAUUGAUUAUUCAAGAUUAAAUAAAGAAUUGGAUUCUAAUGACUCCACACAUUUGAAAGCUAUACUUAGAGCAGAAAAUUAUAGUGAUGAUUUUGAAGAUGAGGAAGAUUCUAAGGCACCUUUAGCAACUAAGCAUGAAGAGACUGAUUCCAAAGAAAAACCCAAGUCAGAAAAAAUACCCAAACAGGAAGAAGAGAAAACUGGCAUGCUGGCUAAUGUUGUGCUGCUUGAUUCAUUAGAAUCUGUUGCAGAGGCUAACCUUAAUGAACAGGAAAAUGCAGCCAGUAAGCCAAAAGCCAUAACAGAAAUGACUGAAAAUGAAAUGACCACAACAGGUGUUUCUUAUGGACAAAGCAACAGUGAUAUUGAAGCCCUCCAUCAGGCUUACCAUCAUGUUGCCCAUUCUUUGGGAGACACUGAUGAACACAUUUUUGAGAGGAAUGCAGUAGAAAAUGCCAUGGGCACAGUGCAAGAUCGUCCUCAAGAUAGUGGUGACGAGUCUUCUAAAAAUGUUUCUACAACUGAAUCCGAUCUGCCCACUGUGGAAGAGCUGAUGAAACCUAUCAGAAUCAAUUCCUUUGGGGUCACUGGUUUUGAAGUACAGCCUGUCAGCUCUAAGAAAAUGGCAGAUGAUAAAGCACCUGAAUUUGCUAGCCCUUUUCUUAAGACAAACUCAAAUCAUAAGUUUCAAGACCCACAACAACACAUGAAUGAAUUUUUUUACAAAAGUAGUAAGAAUGUAAUUUCACAAAAGACAGCAAAUGAAGGUAGAGAAAAUAACUGUUCAGAAAUGACCACUGUACAAGAACAGAUAGAUAAAAUGUACCUUGAUAUUUUGAGGAAAAAAUUAUCCGUUGAUCCUUCAUUAUUACCUCAGGAGGGCAAAAUUAAUAAGAUGCUGAGAUCUCAGCUCAGUUUUGAAGAAAACACUGUACUUAGUAAAGAAGCACUAUGUAAGAAGACGAGAAGUGCACCUCCUUUACUGAAGCGAAAACCCCAGACUGGCUUAUACGCAUCAGUUAGGAGCUCAGGCUAUGGCAAACCCAGUUCACCAUUCAAGACAUUUUUGACUUACGAAAAGAAAACUUCCAAGGACACUGUGAAGAACAAAAACUUGAGAUCCAUUCCCACUUCAAAUCAAGCGAGGAAAAGGGAGAUUUUAUCUGGAACAAAAGUCCUCAAGUCUGCAGCUUUGGGAACACCAACUCCAAAACUAGAAAAUUGCCUGACUACUCCAAAGAAGUCAGAAGAUCCCACACAGAUUGAAUCCUGUGCUCAGUUUCAGAAUGAUUCUGCAGGAUAUCCUGGUGGGAAGGAGACAGAAUUAUUUUUGUUUAAAAGAGCUCAGGAAGCAGAGGAAAAAUGGAGGGGUGCACAGGAACUAAUUGAUCAAAUUAAAGUCACAUUCUCAAAUAAAGAACGUGAGCUGGAAAAUAAGAUGGAAGAACUAAAGAUACAACAAGAAAAAGAACUCUUCAGACUAAAUCAAGACAAUUAUAUUCUUCAAGCAAAGUUAAGUAGCUUUGAAGAAGCAAGCAAAAAACAAAGAUGGUUGCAUUUUGGAGAAUCAGCUGAUCCCGUCACUGAUGAAAAAUUGAAGGAAAUCCAAAAAGAAAUCCAAGAACAAGAAACACUUCUUCAAGGAUAUCAACAGGAAAACGAGAAACUGUAUAAUCAAAUGAAAGAUCUCCAAGAACAAAACAAGAAAAAUGAGGAGCUAAUGUUUAAGGAAAACCAGAGUUUAUUGAGUGAGCUAGCUUCCUUAAAAGAACAAAUGCAUAAAAGUCACCUCCUGACUCGAACAGUGGAGGACUCCGAACACUCCAGAAAUCAGAGUUUCACAGAACUGUUAGCAGAACUCCGCUUGGCACAGAAAGAAAAAAACAAUUUAUUAGAAGAUAUCAAAAGACUGAAGCAAGACAAACAAGCUCUCGAAGUAGAUUUGGAAAAGAUGAGAAAAGAGAAAGACCAAGCCAUAGAUCAAAUUGUUUAUACUACAGGUGAAAAGUUGUAUGAAAUAAAAAUUUUAGAGGAAACACAUAAACAAGAAAUCAGUCGUUUACAGAAAAGACUACAGUGGUAUGCUGAAAAUCAGGAGCUUCUAGAUAAAGAUACAGUCCGGCUAAAAGAAGCAAAUGAAGAAAUCAAGAAACUCAAACUUGAGGUUGAGAAACUGAAAGCUGAAUCUGGAAAUCCAUCUUUUCAGCAGAAGAUGCGUAUAAAAGAUAGAACAGUUGAUGCCAAGAAAAUUCAGGAUCUGGAACGGCAAGUUAAGGAAAUGGAAGGAAUUCUGAAGAGAAGAUAUCCCAAUUCUUUACCUGCUUUAAUAUUGGCUGCAUCAGCAGCAGGUGAUACAGUGAAUAGAAAUACGGUGGAAUUUAUGGAAAAAAGGAUUAAAAAGCUUGAAGCUGAUCUUGAGGGCAAAGAUGAAGAAGCAAAAAAGAGCCUUCGUACCAUGGAACAGCAGUUUCAGAAAAUGAAGAUUCAGUAUGAAUGCCGACUAGAGGAACAGGAUCAGCUACUCGCCUCCAAGUCAGAGGAAGCAGCCCAGAACCUGCAUGACAGCUCCUCUGUGGUGAAAGCUCUUGAGAAGGAGCUCAGCGAUGUGAAGGAAGCCCAUCAGGUCACUGUAAGAAGCCUUGAAGCUGAAAUCAGCACUCUGAAACAACAGAAUGCUGAGUUUGAACUGAAGAAGAACAAUAAAGAGGAUAAAGACUUUGAGUCUAUAGAAUUCCAGGUAGAACAGGCUCAUGCCAAAGCUAAACUGGUACGGCUCAAUGAGGAACUGGCUACAAAAACAAGGGAGAUACAGGACCUUUCAAAAACUGUGGAGAGAUUGCAGAAGGAGAGAAGAAUGAUGCUGACUAAUCAGAACCCAAAAGGUAGAGAGGAAACAUCCACCAGAAAGACGAAGAAAGACAUUGUGCAUGCAGGUAAAGGGAAUGCCAGGUCUGCAAGAGCCCUGGGUGACGAGCUUUACCAACCACAUGCUUUCUCUGAUUCCCAUACGUCAGAAGUUCUACAGGAAAACCUCACACUGAAAAAUGAGCUACAGAGAGUCAUUUUGGAGAGGAAUGAACUCAAGAUGAAAUCUGAAGCAGCAUCAAAUCAGUUUGAAAAUUCCAUCAAAAGGAUCAAGGAAGAUACCACAGCACGAAUCACAUCUCUCAAAGCAUCUCAUCAGAGAGAGUUAGAGAAACUCCUUUGCCAAAAUGCAAUAGAAAAUUCCUCUUCCAAAGUAGCUGAACUAAAUCGUAAAAUAGCAACUCAAGAGGUACUUAUAAAACAUUUCCAAAAUCAAGUUCAUGAGCUGCAGGGUAAGCAAGAAUCACUUGCAGUUUCUCAAGUUCGAGAAGAAAUCCUACAGAAUGAGGUUACAAAACUCUUAGAAGAAUUGAGAGAAGCCAAAGAAAAUCAUACACCAGAGAUGAAGCACUUCAUGGGCUUAGAAACGAAAAUAAAACAGAUGGAAAAGAGGCAUGAGCAAAGAGAGCAGGAACUUCAACAGAUAAUACAGCAAACUCGCCAAGUAGUAGAAACUGAGCAAAACAAGGAAGUGGAAAAAUGGAAACGGCUUGCACAGUUAAAGAACCGAGAGCUGGACAAGUUUCGCACGGAACUAGACUCAAUCUUAGAUGUUCUCCGAGAGCUGCACCGACAGGGCCUAGUUGUUCCUGUCACUUUUUCAAAUGAAGCGAAUGCACUAGAGUAUUAG